CAGGAUGGCCUUCACUGGCCAUCUUUGUACACCAUCCAGUCUCUUACUCGGUGAUGAGGGUUUUUACCCCUUGACCCCUUCUUACCUCUGUUUUUGGGACAGGUGAAUCAAAUAGUCCGGAGCUGUGUGGUUUCCUAGGUGCUUAGGGGUUAAGGGCUGUACAUAAGCAAGGGAAGAGAUGCUGCUCAGAUUGUCCUCUGGGGCUAGUCCCUGCCCCUGAGCCCCCCUUUCCCCUGGGCACUGUGGAGGUUAGCUAAUGAGCUCCAGGUAUGCCUCCUGCUCUCCCUUCCACCUGACUUUGCCAGCAGGAGAAGAGGGGGAUGUAUCUGCCCUUUGCCUCAGUCUAGAUGGUGGUGCCUCCAACCCCUAACCAGAGGGCUGGGACAGACAGACCCAACUGCUUCAACCCCACAGAUCCUUCUAGCCCUGUGGGUAUUGAAUCCAGUCAUCUUCCACCCCUCCCUGCUCCUAGGGUGGUUGGCACAAAGAUCUCCCCCAUAACUGGCUGAGGCUGGGGGCGGGUGACUCAGGAAGCUCCUUCCACCCUCUGCCUUUGGCCUCUGGUCUUACCUCCAGAAUCAGUCUGGGAUGGCUGCCCUCUUCUCCCGAAACUCCCGCAGGCACCUGAGUCACCUGCAGGCUCGGCCUCCGAGCUCUCUCCUAGCUCCACAGCCCUUGCCCUGCUGGCCUAAUGGGCAGGUGGGAGGGUGAGGGCCCCUUGCCUGUGUUGUGGAGUUGCCAUGGGUUGCUGGACAAGCAUUCCUCCCUUCCUGUUCCCUCCUUCCUGUCCUGGCUCUGGCUUAACCAGGGAGUGUUACUACCCUGAAUACAUGCUGAGUGCAGGUGCCCGAGUCAUCAGGGGAAAGGGGACAGCAAGGACUUAGAGGCCAGGGGCAUACUACCAUGACGAGGAUGAGUGAGGGGGCAGAUGUAGAGCAAGGCUGUGGUCAGAAAGGUGUCCUCCUACCCCAUUUGAGCUACUGUCCAUUUCGACCCGUGUGAAAACUGGCUCUUCGCGCUUGUGAGCAAGUUGCAGAGGCCUGGGGUAUGGGGAAACCUUGAGGCUGUCGGGGUGGCUGUUCAGGAAUCAGGAUCCAGGCCCACAGGAAGGACCACGUCAUGGUUCUAUCGUCUCCCCAUCAGCCUCACCAAGGACAAACAUUUCCGCUAGGGUGGGGCUUGGAUGACUUCCUCAGCUGGUGGCUGUGAGCAGGGGGAGGGGAGGCCCAUCGGCUCUGCUGGCGGGAGCCAGACCUGGCGCAACAGUGGUGACUCAAUUUGGCAGUGAACCCAAGUCCAGCCUCCUGACCCCUGCUGACCCAAAUGCCCUGGGGCUUGUCCCCAGCUGGCCACACCUCUUGUGUGCCCUAGUGCCCAGGUUGCCCCGCCCAUGGCGGCUGCAUCUCAGGGAUGCCAGAGGUGACACUUCUGUCAGAGCUGACACUUCCUCACCUGACCCCCUCUGGGAGGGACAGCACUGCCUCCUCCCAAACAAGCCAUGUCUGGUCUCUGACUCUAUGGGGGAGAGGACUUUCCCUGUUGAGGGGAGGUUCCCCAGGCCUGGCUAACCUGAUCCUGACCUUGUGUGCAUGUGGGAGGAGGGUUAGGAGGGACAGGGAGUUUGAACUCUGAACCCAGAACAGGUAGGGGCCAGGGCGCUAAGACCCUCUGUCUGCUCAGGGCUCCUCUGAGGGCUCUAGUUUUCCCAGUGCCUGUGGGAGAUGGGCGGGGCCUCCUCUCAGGCCAGGCUCCAGUUCCCCUGGAAACUCACAGGCUUCCCACCCUGGCUGCCCGGGCAGGCUCCCAGCCCGGGGCCUCAAGGGCCUCAUCCACCGCCAGCCUCCCCUCCCCGAUCCUGUCCACUCCACCUCGGCCUCUCUUGGCCCCCUCCCGAAGUCCCCAACCCCAAGCCAAGCCUCUGGCCUCCUCCACCGGCCUCUGAUGCCUUCUUCAGAAACCUGGGCCUCUCCUGCUCCAUCCCUAAACCUUAGCUUCUCGGCAGACGGGCCUCCCAAGCUCCUGGCCCUCCCUCUCAGGCCUUUCUAGUCUCCUCACCAGCUCCAGGGCCUGGCCGGGCCUCCUGCUCUUGCCCCUGUUCCACCGGCUCACUCUCCUGCCCCACCCCUCCCAUGGAGACUCCAGGACUGGUUGUGCACGGAGAGUCUGCGCCCUUUUCCACAGCACUCCGAAGCCUUGUCAACAACCCCCUAUACAGUGAUGUUCGCUUUGUGGUCGGUCAAGAACGGCAGGAGGUGUUUGCCCACCGGUGCUUAUUGGCCUGUAGAUGCAACUUCUUCCAGAGACUUCUGGGCCCAGAACCGGGCCCCGCGGUGCCUAGCCCUGUAGUGCUAAGCACCGUGCCAGCUGACGCCUUCCUGGCAGUGCUGGAGUUCCUGUACACCAACAGAGUCAAGCUGUGCCGCCACUCUGUGCUGGAGGUGCUGACAGCCGCUGUGGAGUAUGGGCUGGAGGAACUGCGACAGCUGUGCCUGGAGUUUGUGGUGAAGGUGCUGGACGUGGAGCUGGUUUGUGAGGCCCUGCAGGUUGCCGUAACCUUUGGUCUGGGACCGCUGCAGGAGCGUUGCAUAGCUUUCAUAGAGGCCCACAGCCAGGAGGCGUUCCGGACCCGCGGCUUCCUGGAGCUGUCGGCGCCCGCGUUGCUGCCCCUGCUGCGCAGCGACAAGCUCUGCGUGGACGAGGCUGAGCUCGUCCUGGCGGCCCGGAGCUGGGCGCGCGUGGGCGCGGCCGUGCUGGAGCGGCCUGUGGCCGAGGUGGCCGCCCCGGUGGUGCGGGAGCUGAGACUGGCCUUGCUGGCCCCGGCGGAGCUGAGCGCCCUGGAAGAGCAGAACCGGAGGGAACCGCUCAUCCCGAUGGAGCAGAUCGUGGAGGCGUGGAAGUGCCACGCUCUGCGGAGAGGGGAUGCGGCCCGAGGCGCCCCCUGCCGCCGCCGGAGGGGCACCCUGCCCCGGGAGCAUCACCGCUUUUUGGAUCUGCCCUUUAAGUGACCAAAGGCCGCGACUUGCAGGGAACUGGGGCCUGUCCCAAACUACAGCCCCCGACCCGCUCGGCGCUCGGAGCGGGCUUUCGCUCCCAGCAUGCCCGGCGAGCGGGGCGCUGCAGGGACCGCUGUCUGCCGUGCGCAGCGCCCUGUGUGGCGCGGGGAGGGGUGGACGUGGACUUGGGCGGGGCCUAGCCUUCCCACCCUGGCAAAACCCAAAAGUUAUUUCCUUGGCGUCAUACCCUGACUCUACCCCGGUCGCUGGGCAGU